AUGUCUUCUAACCAGAACCACCCCGGCUACCAAUACACCUCCGUCCCUCGGCCUCGCCAGGGUCAGACGCCGCAGACUCCCGCAUACCAACAGGCUGGCGCGUCCAGCACACUCAAUUCCUGGCUGUCGGAAGACGCUUCAAAGGCGCCGUUUCACGCCAUCGGCUCGUUCCGAUCCGUGGGUGCCACUUCCGGCAACGGCGCGGGCAUGUGGAGUUCUUCGCCGGCUCCGAGCAGCACGGGAGCGACAUGGGGCAGCGGACCCAGCCGUCAGAGCUGA